GUGCGAACAGAACGAACGAUGUUGCGUCAAGCUACCUUGCGCGCCAUCAAGCGGUCAACUCCGUUGGUCCAUGGCAUGUCCAAACAAGCCGUGGCGUCCAUCACUGCCACUAGCACGCAGUGCAUUAUUGGACGGCCUGCCCAUGUUCCGUUGAUGUCCAUGAUGAUGACGCACCAGCAGCAGCAGUCGUGUUCAAGCUAUCAACGACGGAUGUUUUCCACCGACCCCUACCACGAGAGCGAAGGAUGGUUGGCUGCGGACAAGAAGAUUCUGGAGCGGCGACUGAAGACGUUUGGACGCGACUUUGAGAUCAAGUCCAUGGCAGUGGCGGCCGGGUUGAACGACCAGGAGUGGGGACCAGCGACCACACAGUUUCGUCGUUCGCUGGUGUCCCAUCCUGAACGACACUUCAAAGACACGCGUGAAAUGCACGACUUCGUCGAGGGCCUCAAGACCAAUGCUGCGGCGGGGGCGUUGCAGUUCUACCCCCUCUUCCUCACGUUUGUCAAGGAGAACGCGUACAUCGCCGACAUUUCCCAGGACACGCAGUCCCUUCGCGAACUGACCGACCUUCGGCUGCCGCAUACUUGGUACCCCAAGGCCCACGCCAUGAAGCGGAAGAUCAUCUACCACGGCGGACCCACCAACAGUGGCAAGACGUACGAAGCAUUGCUUCGACUCAAACAAGCAAAUGACGGCUUGUAUUGCGGCCCCUUGCGACUGCUGGCGCUGGAAAUCUAUGAAAACCUCAACAUGGACGGCGUGUACUGUUCGUUGAUCACGGGCGAAGAGAAGCGCGAGAUUCCGUCGGCCACACACGUAGCAUGCACCGUCGAAAUGUGCAACUCGUCGGCCGUGUAUGACGUGGCCGUGCUAGACGAGAUCCAACUCAUGGGUGACAGCGAGCGCGGGUGGGCGUGGACACGUGCACUAUCUUGUUUGCAAGCCAAGGAGAUCCAUGUGUGCGGGUCCAUGGAAGCGGUGGACUUGGUCAAAAAGUUUGCCGAACUCGGGGACGACGACUUUGAACUGCGAACGUACGACCGCCGCAGUCCGCUGUCGAUCGAAACCGAAGCGUUGAAAUCAUACUCCAACAUUCGCAAGGGCGAUUGCAUCGUCGGGUUUUCCCGCCGUCGAAUCUUUCAAAUCAAACGGGAAAUUGAGAUUUCGACGGGGAUGCGGUGUUGUAUCAUCUACGGCCAAUUGCCACCGGAAACACGGUCGCAACAAGCCCGGCUUUUCAACGAACCUGACAACGGUUACGAUGUGCUGGUGGCAUCGGAUGCCAUUGGAAUGGGUCUGAACCUGAACAUUGGCCGCAUUAUCUUUGACAGCAUCCUCAAGUUUGACGGGUCCGACAUGGUCGACAUCACUCCUUCCCUCACCAAACAAAUCGCGGGUCGGGCGGGUCGGUCGGGUAGCGACUUUGCCCACGGGUUGGCCACGACGUUCAACGAAGCAGAUUUGAAAUAUCUCCAGGAUUCCUAUCAUGAGGCGCCGGCGCUGCUCAAGGCGGCGGGCCUCUUCCCUUCCACAGACCAAAUGGUGGAAUUUGCCAAGCAAAUGCCGGAUACGACCGACCUGGGCGUCCUGUUGGAAAAGUAUGUGUCCCUCGCUCGGUUGGACGGGGACUACUUUAUGUGCAAGUUUGCCGACAUCAAGGAAGCCGCCGUGCUCUUGGCCGACAUUCCGAUGCCAUUGGCGGAACGUUUUACAUUUUGCACGGCGCCGGCCAACUUGCGCAACCCCCUCGCGCGUCGAAUCUUUGUGGAUUAUGCCAUAGGACACGGAAAUCAACGCAGCGUGCCGUUGGAUGUGUAUUUGCCCAAGAUGGCCCCGCGCAAUGAACUGGCCCUCCGAGAUGUUGAAAUCAAAGCCAAGCUCAUUGACGUGUACCUGUGGCUGUCGUACCGAUUCCCAGACACGUUCAAGAUGCAAGCGGAAGCGCUCGAGAUGAAGGACCGGGUGCUGGAACUCGUCGAGGAAGGGCUGGUAAACGUCACAUACAAGAAGUCGGACGACAAACCCAAGAAAAAGGUCGGCGAGUGGAACACGGAUCGCACCAAGUUUGUCCGAUAUGCCGACGCUCGUCAGGCCAAUUAAUAUAGACUUACUUGAUGGAGUACUACUUAUUAGAGCAUCUCCAACGG